AUGGCUGAUAAGGAUUACAAGGCUCUCUACGUUAGAGCGGAAGAGAAUGCCAAAUCACCCGAAGAGUCAAACUAUGUCGCUGCUGCCCGCCCAACCGUCGAACAGUCUGGCAGUGAGAUAAUCUUGCACGUGAAGCAGCCACCGAAAUGUAUAUCGAUUGGGUUUUCCGGAAUCAUCUGUGAAAUCAACGAAGAUACCAUUGUGAAACACCCGAAGGUCAUUCCGAAUAAUGAUCCAUACAAUCAGAUGUACCGCGAUAUGAUCAUUAACGAACGACUGGUCUACGAGCGCCUGGGGAGUCAUAAAGGGAUUAUUUCAUACUUGGGCGUCCACGACGAAGUAACCGGUGCGAUAAGGUUGGCAUAUGCAAAGGAAGGAGAUCUGGAAUGCUAUAUUCAAAGCCAUGACAAGCCAUCAGAAACAAUUCGCGCCACCUGGAUUCAAUUGCUAGUGGAGACUUUCUGGUAUAUCUACUCUCAAAAGGUUCUCCAUCAAGAUGUCAAGCCCAAUAAUAUACUUGUUGAGAAUGGCACUUUGAAGGUUGUUGAUUUUGCCAACGCCACAAUGCAUGCAUUGGAUGCUGAUAUGGAAGAGGUCUGCGUGAAAGAUCCAUUGUCACGAGUUGAUAUACUUGGUCUUGGGUGUAUUAUUUAUUCUAUUGCAGCAUGGCGGGUCUUCUACUAUGAUUAUUUUGAACAUGAUUGCUGGCCCGAGCCAGAGAAUCUCCCUGCAACAAGCGGCCUACUUUACGAUGAUAUCAUCAACAAAUGCUGGAUAGAUAGCUAUGGCACUCUAAAAUCGCUCUUUGCCCAUGCUCACAAUCACCGAACAAAACGUCUUCUACUAUCAUUCGAAUUCAUAAAUGUUGCCAGAAAGUUUCUAUGCUACAAGGCUAUAUCCCGCAAGACACCAUAA